GGUGCUUAAUGUUUAGUGUAGGAGUGUUGCAAUAAGAAUAGGGACGCCCAAACCCACAUUUGGGAUCAGUUCAUGAAGUGAUUGACUAUCAGGCUGAGUCGUGCUGGCUGAUGCAGACUACCUGGUUGGGAUUCAUGUGAUUAUCGUGAUCACUGCUCUGAGACGUUGAGUGACGUGGAUCAGAAUCAGUCUCAAGGGCAAAAAUACGUUCCUCUGUGUAGCACCUUGGAUUCCAAGUCUUAAAAUUAUUGUGCACUUUUUGCCCCCAAAAUUUAUUCUCUCUUCGUGAAUCAUGUUGUCUAUACCUAAUUAUUUCUACAACCUCUGACAUUGGUACUAAUUCUACUACACAGGCAUGUUUCUUGAUAAUUUCGUCUUGUGCUGCUAUAGUGUGACAACUGAAAUUGGUUCACGUAUUUGCUAAAUUCUACUUUUUGAUUGACAAAUUCUAAGUCGGAGAAAAGUUUCCUUGCUCUUCCCUUAUAGUUGGUGUACAAGUUUUGUAAUUCAACGGUUUAUUUCAGUUACCAUAAUUUAACGUCUUUGUUCAUAUCUUCAUCUGUCAGAAUUAUGGAUCGGUAGUAGCCUUAAUUCUUUUAGAGGACCAUUGUAAGUGUGAAUCGCGGAAUGGUGAGCUCUUUAACUUUAGACUCCUAUCACACAAUUUCUAACUGCUUGAUAAAAAUAGGUUUGCUUUUCUAAAAAUUCUAAGAUACACAAUUACGUUCGAUUUUUCAACUUCUAUUGGUGAAUGAUUUUAUGGCUGUUUAACUUUCACAUUGGCUCAAAUGCAUUCACUCGUUAUUCUCUUCUUGAUCGCUUCAUGUACUUACCUUUCCACGCAAUCUUUUCACCAAUGCUUGGUUUUUUAUCAUUACUACUGCUAAAUUAUUUCAAUCUCUUUUACAAUUCAUCUGGUACUAAUUUGGGAUGACAAUAUGGUCCAGCAUAUCUAUGCUAGGUUCUGCUUUGAUGAUGUCUGUAUGUCGGACUAAUAUUCGCUUGCAACAAAGUUUAGUGGCUAUCACACGUAUUAGCUUACGAGACUACAUCGUUUAAUAAGCGAAUUUAUUAUUACUGUUGGGGAGAUAGUUUACUCACUGUUAGCUGUUUGAAAGCUAAUUUCAUGUUAUAUAUCAUUGGGGAAUAUGAAAAGUGACACAACCUAAAAAGAUUUUUUAAUUACUUUCUAAAGAACCCUCUAUAAUUCAUAUUAGUUUCAAAAAGCAGAUUGAAUCGGUGCAAAAGUAUCCGUUUUUGGUCUUCCUUUCAGUUUUAAGCAAUAAUAUGGUCUCAAACUUUCCUUAUUCUCCGAUUUCAUUUGCUUUCUUUAAAGGAUUACGGAAUAGAUGGAUUUUAGUUAGUGAUCGAAUCCGGUAUUCGGGUUUCGUUCUAUUUUGGUACUAGUUAGCUAAAUCUGUGAUGCAUUCUAGUGUUGAUGUUCAACUUGGGAUUCAAACCCAGAACCUCUAACUUCAAAUUUCAAUGUGAACGUCAACAUCGGGGUGCAGAUAGAACAAAACCCACUUUCUGGUUUCCAUCGCUAGCCAUAAUCUAUCUGUUCUAAAUAUUUGUAACGAAACAGCCAUAUCAAGACAGUCCUCACAGGAUGCACGUAUCCCAGUAUGUAGGAAUGAUCUAAACUUGAUCUUAAAUAUAAAAAAAAUUGGAUAAUUCAAACUCUUACUAGUAAUAAUACUAUUGCUUUCUCCUCCAUUUUUCUCAUUUUCUCCUGAUGCGUAACUACUUAGGUUAGUGAACACUUGUACCAUCACUUUAUGUAUCUCCCUCACGCCCGUUUAUUUUGUUCAUUUUAUUGUGUAUAAUUUGUAGUUGGCAAUUUUAUAUUUAACAUGAGGCCAGACUAUUGACAUUUUUAAAUUAUAGACCUAACACAUCAAGAACCACUCACAAAAAGACUGUGUGUGACCGGCUUUAAGCAGUUACCUCUUAGAUUUUGUGAACACGCUGUCAAGUCUUCAAGAUUAUUACUAAUCCAAUUUUCUUUUCAGUCACCUCAAAAACAGUUAUUAUUCCUCACCGUAGGCAACCUCUAAGAGUACUCGAGAUCUUUCAGUCCGCGACCAAGUAUCCCACAUAACAGUUAUUAUUAUCAGUCAUUCGAUCACAAGUUUAAAUUCCGUUCUACUUGAUUUAUUCUCGACAGUCAACCACCAGGGUAACAGGCUUGAAGUUCAUUGUGCUUGCUUCGGGUUACACGACAGGAUAGCGUGUCACUAACUCUUGCGAAAAACUGUUUGACUCAAAUACAAUGUACAUCAUACCUGUUCUGGCAUACUUAGUUGAAUUAUUAAGUUAAACUAAAAUCAUAGUAAUUCACUCGUCCAUCUACGAUUCACUCUUUUUUUCUGAAAAAUUUUGUAGGAUAAACUUCAAAAAUGCAUCAGUCACAAUGUGUAUUGUACAUUUGUCAGUCAUGAACCGGAAUUCGACUAUCUUAAAUCAUUGGAAAUUGAAGAGAAAAUCAAUAAAAUCCGAUGGUUACCACGUACUAAUCAUGCACAAUUUCUGCUUUCUACAAAUGACAAAACAAUUAAACUUUGGCGCAUUACUGAACGGUGUCGACGUGUUGCCAAUAGUACUUGUACAUCCUCUGAUUACUUCUUACACAAUAAUACAACUAGAAGUACUAAUACUACCGAUAAUGAUGAUAAUCUUAUGUUGAACGAUAAGAAUAACUCAUCCGUUUCAUUGAAUAAAAUUUAUCAGAAAACUGAUCUACGUGUACCAUAUUAUGAAGAUAUUGACCCUGUCAUGGAUGCACAUCCUAAACGAAUAUUUGCUAAUGCACAUACUUAUCUUAUCAAUUCAUUAUCAGUGAAUUCUGAUCAAGAAACAUUUCUCUCAGCGGAUGAUUUAAGAAUUAAUUUAUGGAAUUUAGAAAUUACCAACCAAUCAUUCAGUAUCCUUUUCUUUAUCUCUUAUUGUUUGUUCAAUGUUAGAUAGUUUUUUUUUGUAGAGGAACUUCGUUUUUACCCGUGUGUACUUUUGGUAGGUAUUUUUGGAUCACGGACAUUGACUAUAACUUAAGGAUCCCUGUGCUGCAAUAAAUAACAGUCCUAGUUACAGGUCAGUAGAUUCCGGGUUUGGACCUUAAUGAGCUAUUGUAGAGCAGGGACUUAAGCAUUCAACUCUCAGGUUUUAGUCACUGGUUCAACCUACUUCCAUGUAAUAUCGCUGGGCCUCACACUUAAAUUGUGUCCCUUAACCAAGCGCACAAGUCUGCAUUUAGUAAGUGUGCGAAAACUUAGGCUAAGAAAGUAUGGAGAAUCACGGAACAACAAAUAGUCAUUUUUCAUUAUGUAUGGUGCUCGUUACGCAAGACUAGGAUUCAGUCUUUUAUGAAAUUAUGUAAGCAUGCUUUUGAAGAGUUUCAAAUUAAAUCCUGUAGGAACUCAAUAGGGAGAUUUACUUGGAUCUAAGCUAUUUGCUAGUUAGUACUACCUAGCAAUGCGUUUCUGUAAUCCUCCAAAAACUAGUACUUCUUGUGAGUAUGAACGUGCGUCGCCCAGCAUCAAAAGGAAGCCAUCAUUUAGCCUUUUCAGUCAUAAUGUUACCACCUGUAGGACUGAUUGAACGUUGAGCAGCAAUUUAUAUCGUUUAUGCGAGACCCUUGGUAUUGAUGCAAUUCUAUCGAUCUCUGUUUCGGUUGAUCUAUUAGUUAUCAAUUAGUAGUAGCUCAGUAAAUUACCAACGCUGUUGUACAGAUGAACUUGUGAAGACUAAUCACUGCGCAAGUCUAUACUAAGCUUUAGUCAAACUGAAACUAACUUAGUCAUUAUUUAGUGGCAACUUGUUUUUCUUUUUCUUCAACUAUUCAACGCAUUGCAUACACAAAGUACUUACACUAUGCUUGACUAAUAAAUGAGGAAAAAUUCUGAUCUCGUAUUGAAUUUAUCUAAGACAAAUUCAUACAGAUAUUUGUGUUGUAUUAGUAAUAAUAAUAAGUAAUUCAGCAGCCACUUGCGUAUACAUAUAUAUACAACAAAAUAUGAAGUAAGACUAUUUUUCUUUAACCCCUUUUUUAAAAAAAUAAUAAGAUAUUGUUGAUUUAAAACCUGUGAAUAUGGAAGAUUUGUCUGAAGUGAUAACAGCUGCUCAAUUUCAUCCAUCAGCGUGUUCAUUAUUUAUUUACAGCAGCAGUAAAGGCACCAUACGUUUAUGUGAUAUGCGUCAACGUGCACUGUGCGAUGAACAUGCAUUAUCGUUUGAAGAAGUCGACGAUCCAAUGAGUCGGUGUUUUUUCUCUGAAAUUAUUAACAAUAUAUCCGAUUUAAAUUUUAGUCAUUCCGGUCGUUAUAUUUUAAGUCGAGAUUACUUAACAUUGAAAGUUUGGGAUUUAAAUAUGCCUCGUCGACCAGUUGAAACUUACCUCGUUCACGAUUAUUUCCGUACAAAAUUAUGUGCACUCUAUGAAAAUGAUUGUAUAUUUGAUAAAUUCGAAUGUCAAUGGUCACCAAACGAUGAUAUGGUUGUCACCGGUUCAUACAAUAAUUACUUUCGUGUAUUUGAACGUGGUACCUCGAAUGAUCUACUAAUGGAAGCAUCUCGUGAAGCUAUGGAAAAUAGUGUAUGCGGUAAACUGAAACCAUGUCAAGUGAUAUCUGAUGGAACUAUCGGGGGUAGCAGUGCCAGUAGUAGUGGUGCUUUCGCUCGAUCAUGGUCUGAGGGUAAAGUCAAUGUGGAAUGUAUGGAUUUAACACGUAAACUGCUUCAUUUAUCAUGGCACACACGUGAAAAUACUCUAGCGUUGGCUGGUACUAGUAAUCUUUACUUACUUGACUACUAUCCUGAUAAUCGUCAGUUAAGUGAUAAUCCAAUAGAAUCACAACGAACUGAUCACCUAAUGAACGGUGGUGUUAAUGACAGUAGUAAUCAUUAUUUUGACAACAAUAAUAUUACUUCUACACCGUCUAAUUAAACCAGUUGUACCAUAAUUAUACUGUAAAAUGUAACUCUUUCGUUAGCAGUCCUGUUUUUUUAACUCCCUCUGUUUCCUUAGAAUGCAAAUACACACAUACUUGUGCACAGACAUCGUUCCGCUCCUCUAUCCUUCUCCGUGUAUAUUUAUAUUUUUUUCAUAAAUUGUAUUGUCUAUCGUUAAAUUGCAUUUCUAGCCUUUAAAUUAUUAUGUCUGAUUGAUAUGUACAUUUUGCAGUAUGUGCAGUAUGUAUAUGUAUGUAUGUAUAUUUCUAGGACUAACAUCAAUUGGUAUUAUAUAUAUAUAUAUAUAUAUAUAUAUAUAUAUAUAUAUAUAUAUAUAUAUAUAUAUAUAUAUAAAAAAGAUUUGGCAGCAACCGUGUCUUAUUUCAAAUUGCGAAAUUGUAGCAAACACUUUUUCAGAGACAAAACUUUCGUUACAUUAUUUUGUAGUAGAGGAUACACUCAACCUUUCCCUCGUUGUCUUAUAAUCUCUUCUGUUUGUUAUUGUUCUUUUUAAUGAAUUUAACUGCACUCUAUAAUGAGGAGGAUGUGUUGGUGACACACAGCCAAUUGCACUGAUCUUUUCUACUACUAUUGCAUUUCAUCUCUAAUGUUUAGCUUGUCAUUCAUUAUCUGCCUUGAUUUGGUUGGUGAACAAAAAACUUUGUUAAGCGGAUGUUCAUACACAUUCAGUUGUAGAUUUCGAUAUAUGUAUGUAGUACCACUUAUCCAUUGACGUUGACAACAAGCAUCUUUCUUCAUCGAAUCCUUUUCACAGAAAUUUCUUUUUGUACAAAGAUUGUUUUUUUUUAAAACUUUCUUGUAUUCUUUAUUCUCUUCAAGUGCUCAACUUCUAUUGUCUGUGUGACUUUGUAUUACUCAGGUGUUCUGUUCCAUAUUUGUUCUGUUGUUGUACACCUUCAUGUUAUUUCAAAAUUAUUGUUUGAUUGAAACAUAUUUGGUAUUGUGCAUGUGUAGGUGUAUAUGUGUGUAUCCCAGUACUUUAAGUGCUCAUUCUCGCUUUCACCUACAUUUCAGUUCUUCAUCCCUUUGUAUUCACCUUACUCUUGAUAUGGUGAUGAUGAUGAAUAGGAGGACAGGUUGUCUAGACAUCUCCCUUAAUUUCCUUGCCAAAUAACGAAAUAUAUUCGUAGUGAUUUUUCUACUAUUACUCUAUCAUGAACUUAUUUUAUCGGCGUGUAAAUCAAUCUAUCUCUUCCGUAGAUUUAUAUGCUUAUCACUUAUGUGUAUGUGCUGGUAGGCAGUCCUCGUUUAUGUUACUGAACAACAACUAGCUUCAUCAAAACAAUUCCAGGUCCACACUAUGUACAAAUGACUGACCGAAUGUCAUUUGUAUCACGACAAUUCGUUUGUUGCUAAUCUGUUGAAUGUUCCUCUUUUUACUUCUUGAAUUUCUGUUUUCCUUACAUUUUGUUCCAUAUUUGUGUAGUACACCUAGCAACGAAAUUUUCUCCACACAAAAAUAUGUUUUUAUUACUUAUCUUCACACGAGAUGUAUACUAUUUUUUACAUACAUAUGGAUUAAUUAUUGUUGUUGAUCAUUCAACGGUCUAUUGUUGAAUAUUUAAAAAUAUAUACUUUUACAAAUA